AUGGCAGCAUCUGUACCGAAGUUACUAGUGGUGGGAGGGAAUGGGUUUCUGGGCUCGGCGAUAUGUAAAGCUGCAGUGACCAAGGGUUGGGAAGUGAGCAGUAUGAGCUCAUCAGGUAAACCCUAUACCACCCCCGCAGGACACACUCCAGCGUGGUCCUCAAAAGUCCAAUGGGCUCGAGCCGACGCCUUUGAUCCAUCGACAUACCAGCAUCUAAUCAAAGAUCGAACGAGCGUCGUGCACUCACUUGGGAUAUUACUUGAAGAUACGGGGUACAAGGCGUCUAUACGUCAGGGCGAUCUAUUGGGCUUGGCGGGUAGUUUGAUCAAGUCUACUAAUUUAGGAGGAGGGGAUGGAAAUCCAUUAAAGAGUGAGGCGGAAAAGAAGAGGGGGUAUGAAGGGAUGAAUAGGGAUAGUGCGAUCAAAGUGCUCGAUACAUUCUUAUCCACUUCCUCUUCCUCUUCUGCACCAAUAUCAACACCAUCGUCGAUAGCCAAACAAUUCAUCUACAUCUCAGCGGCAGAUGCGUUCCGACCGUUAAUCCCAUCUAGGUAUAUCGAGACGAAGAGAGAAGCGGAAUUGGAGAUAGCCAGGAGGUGUCAGGUGUAUAAUGAUCAUGAAGGGCAGAAUGGUCAGACUGAAAUGGUGAAACCUAUAUUCAUUAGACCAGGAUUGAUGUAUCACCCUCACAUCCGUCCACUCACUACCCUCCCGGCAUUCCUCAUCGACCUCUCAUCCAAAUUAUCUUUGAGAUCAGGUAUACCCAAUCCAUUCGCUUCGAAAUCGCCUUUACACGGUGCUCUGGAAUCUAUGAGGACCUUCCCGCUGCAUGUUGAUCACGUUGCGAAUUCAGUGUUGAGGUGUAUAGAAGAGUCUCGUGCACUCGGGCAAGAACAGCAAGAGGGGGAAGGGUGGAGUGGAGCGAGGGUUGUGGAAGUUCAGCAGAUGAGGGAAUGGGCUGGAUUGGGCAGGAAGUAG